GCCAUCCCCGCUCUCUCUUCUGGGCAUUUCAAAUUCAAACCAAGUCAAAAUUCAAACCCCUCUUCGCGUUACUCAGCCACAGACUGAGCAGCGAAGCCCCCAAUGGAAGGCCGAGAGCCACCGCCUUCUCCGUCGCCGUCGCCUUACAGAAACCCCUCCACCCUCUUCAAAGACAUCACCAAUUUCAAAACCCCUAAAGCCUCCUCACGAAUCUCCAAUUUCCAGUCCCCCGGCCCCAAAUUCUUCACUGCCUCGAAACAAACCCCUAGUACUUCUUCGUCAUUUCGCCGCCGGCCGUCUCUCGCUCCAUCAAACUCUGGCCGGAUAAAGGCGGCGUCCCGGAAACUCAAGGCCUUUGAGCUCGAGCAGUCGCAAUCGUCCCGCAAGGCCCAAAUUCAGAAAGAGCAAUCGCUCAAGUCGCUGGCCAAGUCUCUCUCCAUCUGGCUCAAUUUCCUCUUCCAAAACCCUACAUCCUGCGGCUGCAAUUUGUCCGUCGAUGGAGACCGCACGGGAACGCUCCCUAAGGGAAAGAGGGAUAGUGAUCCCGGCAGUGCGGUUGGGGUCGAUUCGGCGUGGCGGGACCCCAAGCGUCAGAGAGACUCUUCGUGGCGGGCCGUGAGCGCUGUAGCGUUUUCGAGCUCCAAGUAUUUGAACCUGCGUUCUUCGUUGGAGCAUGUGUGCAGUGUUGAUGAUUUGACGCAGAGGAUGCGACUCUAUCUGAGCAUGGGCAGUUGCAAGGAGGUUUUCGAUGCGAUGACUCAUGUAGCAAAGAAUAUUGAUGAAGGGAGAUUAAAGAUGAAGGCACAUUGCCCUUUAGUUACAGAUUUUGGGUUGAAGGAGAAGGCCACUAGAAUCCUCAUGAGUUAUAACCCAAUUUGGCUUCGAAUUGGAUUGUACAUUGUUUUUGGUGGUGAUUCUUUGUUGUCUGACACAGAUGCUAAUUCUGAUGAAGAACUCAGGUUUCUGAAAAUGAUCAUUGAAAAGCAAUUUUUUGCACAUUCGGGUCUAGCGAAAGAUUAUGCUUACAACAAGAAGGUUGAGGGUCUUUACAGACCGGGUUAUUACGAAGCUCUGGGAAAUGUCACUUUGAAGAGAUUUCUGAUGCUCGCUCUUAUCCUUGAUAGAGCGAAAUGCCAGAGCAGUCUUUCUCUUAAGUAUGGUAUUGAUGGAGUGGAUGGGGGUUCUCCUUUAUUGUUUACAGUUGAAUCUCAUAUUAAAUCAAGUCAUCAGGUGAUUCAUGAUUUUCUGUCAUCUGAUGUCAUGCUUGGCGAAGGUAAUAUUUCAGCACAUUUGGUGGUUUUAGGAUACAAAGUGUCCUAUCAGCAGCAUCCACUUGUUGAAUAUGACUUUCGAGUUACCGAUUUAUUUGCUGAUCUUCAAGAUGGGGUGCGCCUGUGCAGAGCCAUUCAACUUUUGCUAGAUGACGCCUCUAUCCUCACGAAAAUGGUUGUUCCAGCAGAUACGCUUAAGAAGAACAUGGCAAAUUGUGGCAUUGCCCUGCAGUACCUUAAACAGGCUGGCGUUGUUUUACAUGAUGAAGAUGGAAUGAUGAUUGUGGCAGAUGAUAUUGCUGGUGGGGACAAGGAACUUACUCUUUCCUUGCUCUGGAACACGUUUGUCCAUUUGCAGCUACCGCUUCUGGUCAAGAAAGCAAACUUAGCUGAGGAAAUUUGCAAAAUUCGUGGCAGUGUGAUCAGUUUUGAUUCCUCUUCAUUGGAAAUGAUUUUAAAGUGGAUUCAGGCAAUUUGUGAAAAUUAUGAUUGCAAGGUUGACAGUUUUGCUUCAUUGGUUGAUGGAAAAGCCAUAUGGUGCUUGCUGGACUAUUACUUUCGUAAGCAACUAUGUUGUGGUCGGUCAUCAAAGGAUCGUAAUAAAUCAAGUCACGAAGAAUCAAUCAUGUUGGCCACUGAUUAUUCAGAUGCAGUGCACAACUUUUUAUUGUCCCAGAAAUUGUUGACGUUAUUGGGAAACUUUCCAGAGGUUCUGCAAAUUAGUGACAUUCUUGAAUACAACGGUGCACGAAAUGACCGGAGUGUGGUGAUACUAUUGGUGUUCCUUUCAUCUCAACUUAUUGUCAAGAAAAAUAUGGACCAAUUAAAUUUCCAUAAACUCUUGGGUUGUGAUUGCCAAAGUACAGACAGAAAAUAUACAUGUAUGGGAUGCUAUGUAAGACCCGAAGCAACACAAAUCGAAGAGGAAACAUAUGACCACCACACUGAAGAUUCUGUAAGAAAGUUUAAGGCUAUUCAGGCCUGGUGGCAAGAUAUGGCUGAAAGGAACCAUAAAUCUGUUGCAAAACCAACUUCUCCGACUUCGCUUAACCUCUCUACGAAUAAGGAUAACAUUAAUACUGAAAAAGUAAAUACUGACAAAGGCAAUUAUGAGGGAGGAAGUAUUGUAACUCAUCAUAUAUCUGCUCCUGAUCUAGUCAAAGCUGCCAUUGUUGUCCAAAGAUAUAUUCGUGGGUGGCUUGCAAGGUUGAGAUACAUUCAUGGGGUUGCUCUUGUAGAUAAAUCUUGCAAUCUGUGCCAAGAAAAUGUUGCACGUGAUCUUCAAGUAAGGGCAGAAAAUACUGAAAAAAGAAAUUACGAGGGAGGAAGUAUCGUAACUCAUGAUAUAUCUGCUCCUGAUCUAGUCAAAGCUGCCAUUGUUGUCCAAAGAUAUAUUCGUGGGUGGCUUGUAAGGUUGAGAUACAUUCAUGGGGUUGCUCUUGUAGAUAAAUCUUGCAAUCUGUGCCAAGAAAAUGUUGCACGUGACCUUCAAGUAAGGGCAGAAAAUACUGAAAAAAGCAAUUAUGAGGGAGGAAGUAUUGUAACUCAUGAUAUAUCUGCUCCUGAUCUAGUCAAAGCUGCCAUUGUUGUCCAAAGAUAUAUUCGUGGGUGGCUUGCAAGGUUGAGAUACAUUCAUGGGGUUACUCUUGUAGAUAAAUCUUGCAAUCUGUGCGAAGAAAGUGUUGCGCGUGAUCUUCAAGUAAGGGCAGCAAUUAAAAUCCAGUUUGCAUGGAAGAAUUUUUCUGUCUGUCAUUCUCUUCUCUAUCAGCAUUCCGCUGCAACUAAAAUUCAAAGUCAUUUUCGUGGUUGGCUUUUGAGGAGGAGGUUUCAUAUUAACAGGCAAGCAAUAAUAAAAAUCCAAAGUGUUUAUCGAAUGUCAAAAUGCUGGAAGGCUUAUCAGCAAUACAAAAUUGCAGCUGUUUCAGCCACUGUCAUUCAAUCUUAUAUACGUGGGUGUUUUGCCCGGAAAGGUGCUGAAAAUCAUAGGCUUCUCAUUGUUGCAAUCCAAAGAUACUUCCGUGGUUGGCUGAUCAGAAGUCAAUUCUCGUGUCAAAGACAGGCUGCAGUAAAGAUCCAAAGCGCUAUUCGAGGCUUGAUAUGGCGUCAAUCAUUUCAUCGUCAUAGACAAGCUGCAGUGGAAAUUCAACGAAUAGUCAGGGGGCAGAUCAGUCGAAAUAGGCUCUUAGGUGCUGCUUCACUACGCCCAAUCGUCCGCAAUGGUUGUCCUUUGAAUAGCACAGGAGCCCUUUAUAUGGGUGCUGAACUAAAUAAAGUUGUUUGCUCUGUGUUGAAAUUGCAAAGGUGGUGGAGGAGUGUUAUGUCACUAAACUUUAGAACGAAUUCUGCGGUCAUUAUUCAGUCUCAUAUUCGAGGGUGGUUUGCUAGGCAAAAAGCUGCUAGAGAGAGGCAAUGUAUUGUUGUGAUACAAUCAUGCUGGAGAGGCUACCUUCUAAGGAGGAAAGAGACGGAAGGUCAGCUACUGGAGCUGCGCUUGAGAGUGCAAAAGUCUGCCACGAAUGUAGAUGAUAGCUUGCGGAUUAUAAACAGACUUGUAGCAGCACUUUCAGAGCUACAAACAAUGAAAAGUAUCAGCAGCAUUCUUCACACUUGUGUUACUUUGGGUAAGCCACCUGCACAUUCUCAGAAAUGUUGUGAAAAACUUGUGGAGGAAGGAGCUAUUAAAACAUUGCUGAAGAUUUUUGGCUCAGCCACCCGAAGUAUACCCGAUCAGGAGGUUCAAAAACACGUGCUCUCAACUCUAAGGAACCUUGCCCGCUAUCCACACCUGGUAGAAGUGCUAAUUGACAGUCCGGGAUCAGUGGAAACUGUUGUAUGCGAGUUUGUAAGGAACAAGGAAGAGGGUUAUUUCACCGCUUCCGAACUUCUGAAGAAGGUUUGUGCUAGCCGUAAAGGCGUUGAAGCUGUGCGUAAAUCACCCGCUCUUUUGAAAAGGCUACACAAUCUUGUUGAGGAACUUAGUAGGAAGGCUGGCAACAAUGACAAGAGAGAAGUUGCAGUUGCUAGAGAAGCUACAGAAAGGAGAUUAAGGGAGGCUGUUGAAAUUAUGAAGAUGGUAAAACAGAGGUACUAGUACUAUUUACCAGGGUAACUUGUUGAGUUCCAGAGUGUAAAAAGUUACCUUGGUUAGUUAUGAUGUAAUGCUGACGUGUGUAUUUUGCCAUUGAAUUUACACGUUCAAUGGGGGGAGAGAGAAGGACAGGGCAACUUGAUUUGGGUGAUGCACCUCAAAUUGAAUGCUGGGUUUUUUUUUUUUUUUUUUUUUUUUUCUUUCUUCCUUCCGCUGCGAUGGAUUAUUAGCUUGGAGUGCAUGUGAUGGGUUUUGUAAAUUUUCUAUGGAGUGCUUAAUUCUAUGAGUUUCGUUUGAUAA